AUGGCGCGGCAGCGGCUGGACAGGACCAUCCCUCAGCCGGGGGACGUCCACGUGGUGGCGGGCGGCCCGCCUUGCCAGGGCAUCAGCGGCCUGAACCAGCACCGCCUGUUGGUGGAUGUCCUGAGGGACCCCAAGAACCGCCUCAUGACGACGUACAUGCGGCUCGUGGAAUUCCUGGAGCCAAACUACAUCCUCAUGGAGCAGGUCAUGGACAUCUUCAAAAACUGCGGCGGGCUGUACGUGCGCACUGCGGCGGCGCUGCUGACAGAGAUGGCCUACCAGACGCGCACGGGGGUGCUGACAGCUGGCUGCUACGGCGUUGCACAGAUCCGCCACCGCGUGAUAAUCUGGGGCGCCCGCAGCGGCCGGGAGCAGCUGCCGCCCUUCCCCGCGCCCACGCACAAGUGCAUCGCGCACGCCAAGCCCAUGACUGAUGACACAAAGGCGUGCUACAUCACAUACACAGAGGACGCGCCGGAGUCCAAGGCCCACCCUAUGGUUCUGAUGGGUGACGUCCUGGGUGACCUGCCGCCAGUCCACAACUUCAGGCUGAGGGAGGGCGCGGACUACAAGUGA